GGCUUUUGGUUAAGAAAUCGUAGAGUGGGCUUCAAGUCAUGUUUUAGGUCCCUUUGGGCCGUUUUCUGACUCGAAGCGUUUACUAUGACUUCUUUCGAUAAAGAACGAACUUUCCGCGGUUUUAAUCCGCAAAGUUUGAUCGAUGAUUUAGAAUAGCGGAAAACAUGAGCCGAGUUCGCUACGGUCUUCGGGAGAUAGUAUCGAAGGUUCGACGAGAAUACAUGGACUGGUGUCGUAUCGACGUUUCAGAAGAGCUCGGUCGUUUCGUAGCGACCGAGCUUGGCUGAGCUCGGUCGCUACGUAGCGACCUUUUUUCGAGCUCUCAUCGGAUGUCUCGUUUUUCCUCCGCAAAGCUUUUUCGUAAGAAAGAAUCUAUUUUGAAAAAGUAUUUAUCGGAGAAAUUCUCGUUUUCUUCCUCGGACGUUUUGAAUGUUAACUUCGUCGCAACCGUUUUUGACCCCAACAAUACCUUGCAGAAGUCUUUGAAUUCUGAGCUUGUAAAUUCUCCACCCCUAUCUGUUCUCAGAGUCUUUACGGUUAUACCAGUUUCAUGUUCAACUAUUGCCUUGAAGCGCUUGAACUUGUCGAAAGCUUCUCCCUUCUCUUUCAACAGAAUAGACCACAUAUAACGCGAGUGGUCGUCUAUGAGCACGGAUAUAUACAUGUUUCUUCCUGCGGUAGAUGGUGUUAUCGGUCCACACAGAUCACACUGUGCAUGAGCUCCAGACCAGAGGAUGCACGAUAAGUGGUGGAGACUGGAAACAGUUGUCUUGUUUGCUUUUCACGCAAACAUGAAUCGCAAGUAUCCUUCUCGACUUUUUGCCUGGCAAUGCCUGUGACGAGCUCCUUUUCUACCAUUGUCUUCAUCGCAUCGACUCCAAGAUGUCCUAAACGUGCAUGUCAACGAGAGUAGUCGCUCUUAACCUCAAGUUGCAGGCACUUGCAUUCUUCUACCUCCAUUAGUACUUUAUAUAAUAUGUUUUGGGAUCUUGGUGCCUUCACGAUUAGGUUGCCAUAUUUGUCAUGUAGAGUAAGGUAAUCUUCUCUCAUCCUUACAUCACAUCCUGACUCUGUAGCUUGUUCGAGACUUAUAAUGUUACUCUUUAACUCAAGGAUAAAGUAGAUAUCAGGAAGAAUCUUCUUUCUUCCGUCUUGGCUUAUAAACAACAUGAAACCUUUCCCUUUAAUGUCUAUUCUCGAAUCAUCUUCGAACCGAACAUUUCUAGUGAUUGUUUCAUUAAUGAAUCUAAAGUAGCUUUUAUUUCCAGUCACGUGGUUACUAGCUCCGUUUUCUAAGUACCAUAUUCUGUCACCAUCAGUGCUGGAAUCAAACUCUUUAGGCUUCACGUUUCGUUCAUUGAGAUAGACAAUUUCAUGCAUCAUAAGUCCAUCGGCUUCAAGAGUUUCAUAUCCAUACUUGCUUUAUGUUGUUUCUUGUAUCUUGAGUAACCUAUCCGGACAUGUAGCUGCAAAUUGUCCCACUUUAUCACAUCUAACUCCUGUGAUCUUGGAGGCGACUCUGCUUUCCCAAUACGAUAUACCGCGUCCUCUUCCUAUGUUAUCGUAUCGAUUUCCUCGGCCUCGUCCUUUAUAUUCUAUAUCUUGAUAUGUUUGUGGUUCUGUAUUGCUGUACAUAAGCUUGCCCUGGCUAUCUUGUGUAUCUUCUUCUUCUUCUGCAGAGAUACGUUCCGUAUGCUUUAAAACGACCGACAACAUCUUUGAAACCCGUAGUAUUUAAAUCCAAUAGUUGUUCGAGGGAAACAACUAUGUGAAUAUAUUUCUUGUGUGGUAAUAUAUUUUUUACGAGUUUAGCUUCCUCCAUACUUUCUCCUAGUGCAGCUGAUUUCGACGAUAUCUCUGAUGACUUGCCCAGAAAGUCAUCAUUCUUAUCGGUUUCUUUCAUCUUCAAUCGUUCGAAUUCAGUCAUGAGGGUUUGAAGUCGUGCCUCUCUCACCCUGUCAGCUCCUACAUAGCGGGUUUUGAUCGCAUCCCACACCUUCUUUGCGGUAUCAAAUUCUCCCACUUGUAGGAUCAUACUCUUCGGGAUAGAUUGAAACAUGAGUGCCGACACCAUAUCAUUCUUUUCGCCGUCAGUCGACUCUUUCUCGACCACUUCCAAUACCUUAUGAACCCUAGGUAACGUUUUCAUCCGUAUCGCCGGUGUAAUUUGUUGUCGUCAACAUAAGACACUUUAUGGAAGACGAGCCUCCUUUCUUCUUGAUUUUCGUAGUAACUAAAUCAUCUAUGAUUCUCAAUCAGUUUGCUCUGAUACCAAAUAUAAGUCUAGGAUUGUAUGAACUCAAUAUAAAUAAACUCUUCUUUAUUAGCUUAAAAAACACUCACAAAACUUAAGCACUCAAACUUAAUCUCUAAAUUCACACAAUCUAUGCAACACUCUUGCAUCUUAUUAUAUAGAGACCAUAGUUUUUAAACUCAUUAGGUAAACUAACUAUCCUAAUUCUAACUCACUUAGGAUUGAUGUAACUUGUAUCCUAAGUUAACUUCAUGUUUAUCUCCAACACUAACCACUCUGCGUAAAAGUGCCAAUUGUUAAAAAUUUAUUAUAAUUGUUUCGUAUUCUAUAAUUAUAUAUUGAUUUUGAAGUCAGGUCACAAAAAGGAGAAAACUAUGGGGUGAAAAGGUUUUCUGGUGAAAGGAGUGUUUGAAAAGGCGACACCUUUUACUUUUAUUUGUUGUUUAAAGACAUAUUUCAAUGUAUAUCUAUUGGAUUUAAAAAAAAAAAUUAAAUAAUUUUAAUCAUAGAUAGUUACUAAUCGACAGUUAGCAGUCUGUUAUGUCUUCGUCAAGUCUACCAAGUUGCAAUUUUUAUUAAUUAAAAGACCUGCAGCGUGACACAUGUAUAACUAAAACUUGCACAAACGAUGAGUCGGGCCUGGUAGUACUCCAUAUUACCCAUAUAUAUCUUCCAUCAAAUAUAUUUUAAUUUUCUUAAAGGAACAUGCUACAUUUCUCGGUUACAAAAGAAAACAUCCGACAUUUCUACGGCUAUAUAUAUGGUACGAAAAAUUAAAUCUAACAAAAGUAAAAGCAAAGGCGUGAGAAAAACAAGACAAACGAGGCUUCUUCUCCAAUUCCCUGGGAACAAUAAUGGCUCACCGUAAUGAAGAAGAAGGAUCUAUUGGGACCUCCAUGCAUGGAGUUACCGCGAAAGAACAUGUUUUCUCUUUCUCUGACCAAGGCGAAGAUGCAUGGUCUUCCCAUAGCGUCCAGUCUGAUGAUCCAACGGCUAUGUUUGCCUUUCCAGUCGACUCAGAACAUAAAGCAAAAGUGUUCAAACCAUUGUCAUUUGCGAAACCACACAUGAGAGCUUUCCACUUAGGAUGGAUCUCUUUCUUCACUUGCUUUAUCUCCACGUUUGCCGCCGCACCUCUCGUUCCCAUCAUCAGGGACAAUCUUGAUUUGACCAAAACUGAUAUAGGAAAUGCAGGAGUCGCCUCCGUUUCCGGGGCCAUUUUUUCAAGGCUUGCUAUGGGAGCGGUUUGUGACUUGCUCGGGGCUAGGUACGGAACGGCGUUUCUCCUAAUGCUGUCGGCUCCAGCAGUGUUCAGCAUGUCUUUUGUAGCUGACGCUGGUGGCUACUUAUCCGUCCGGUUCAUGAUCGGUUUCUGUCUAGCCACCUUUGUGUCAUGUUCAUACUGGACCAGUGUGAUGUUUACUGGAAAGAUCAUUGGACUCGUCAACGGAUGUGCCGGUGGUUGGGGAGACAUGGGAGGAGGCGUGACUCAGUUACUCAUGCCGAUGGUCUUCCACAUCAUCAAAGUCGCUGGAGCCACUCCUUUCACGGCAUGGAGGAUCGCGUUCUUCAUCCCCGGCUUUCUUCAGGUUAUCAUGGGGAUUCUAGUGCUCACUCUUGGACAAGAUUUUCCUGAUGGAAACCUAAGUACUCUGCAGAAGAAAGGAGACGUUUCUAAAGACAAAUUAACCAAGGUGUUUUGGUAUGCUCUUCGGAACUACAGAACAUAUGUUUUGUUCAUUCUCUAUGGAUUUUCCAUGGGAAUAGAAAUGACCAUCAACAAUGUUAUCUCAGAAUAUUUCUUCGACAGGUUUCAACUCGAACUCCAUACAGCUGGUAUGAUAGCAGCCAGCUUUGGUAUGGCUAACUUCUUCGCUCGUCCUAUUGGGGGCUUCGCAUCAGACGUGUCAGCUAGGUUUUUCGGUAUGAGAGGGAGGUUAUGGACCCUUUGGAUCUUACAAACUUCUGGUGGUCUUUUCUGUGUUUGGCUCGGCCGUGCCACUUCACUUCCUAUAGCUAUUUUAGCCAUGAUGCUUUUUUCCUUUGGUGUACAAGCUGCUUGUGGGGCCAUCUUCGGCAUCGUUCCUUUUGUCUCGCGCCGCUCUCUAGGAAUAAUAUCAGGACUGACCGGCGCAGGAGGAAACUUUGGGUCGGGUCUAACUCAACUGCCCUUUUUCUCGUCAUCAAGAUUCCAUACUGCAGAUGGUUUGUCGCUGAUGGGAAUUACAGCGAUGAUUUUUACGCUUUUGGUUGCGUUUAUACAUUUUCCACAGUGGGGAAGUAUGUUUUUAGGACCAACAAGUGACAAUAGAACAUCAAAAGAAGAGCAUUAUUAUGUGGCGGAGUGGACUGAGGAAGAGAAGCUGCAAGGAUUGCAUGAAGGCAGCCUAAAGUUCGCAGAGAAUAGUAGAUCUGAAAGAGGCAAAAAGGCAGCUCCGGACGGAACCUCCACACCGCUGGAAAAUGAAAAUCCGGCUAAUGUUUAGUUAUGGAAUAUUAUUUUCAUCUCGUAUACAACUACACAUAAAAUAAGUGUUCUUUAUAUGUCCAAGGAGCACAAAUACAUUCAUUUCAUCAAAUUGAAUUACUUUUUUUUUGUCUGGAUUGUUUCUUGUUAUAUAUGAAGUUUUAUUAAUUCAAAGUAAUACAUUCAUUUCAUCAAAUUGUCAUGUUUCUUAGUUUGUAUGUAGAUAUUACUUAUUGAUCAUUCAAACUAAAAUAUAGAUAUUUCAAAAUGAUAUUUUUUGUGUGUUUCAAAAAAGAUCAUUUUGAAAUAUUUAUAUUUUAGUUUUAUCUAACCAACCUCCAUAACAAACAUCCAUAUGCUUAGUCCAACAUCAAAAUCACAUUGGGAACACGGUUUAUUUAUUUAUAUAAAUCUGUAUGUCACAAUUGACAAAAGAUAGUGCGUACCUUGAUUUCUUCAUGGCAAGGUAUAAAUAAGAAUCAGUGUUUUUUUUACAAUUUUUUUUAUCUUUCUUUGCACUAGGUGUAUCCACGGGUAUUUUUUUUUUGUCAGAAUUUUUCAUACGGUUUUAAAUUGUGUUUCAUUUUUAUGUUUCCGAAAGAAAAUUGAAUUGUGUAGAAAGAAUAAUUUAGAUUUUUUCAAAAGCAAGCUAAGAAACUAGUUUUGUCUAAGUAUCUACAAAAACUAAUAUAAUAACAGCUCAAACAAGAAAUAUUUAUAGAUGAUCAGUAACAAAAAAAGUAGCUCACUCCACAUUGGAAAAUUACAAGAUUCUGUUACAAACUUGAAUGCCCAAUCUUAAGUAAAAAAGGCAGUAUGUCUUUUGUAGCCGACGCUGGUGGCCACUUAGCUCCAUUAAAAAAGUGGGAGAUGACGAUGAUCUGUACGGUCCACUAAAUAAAUAAAGUAUGGGUCGGUUGAUAUAACUAUAUAAGACCAAGUUGUUAUUUUUUUAUUGUGGUCAUAAUUUGGUGUGUACUUUGUCCGGAGUAUCUAACGCGAUUUUUUUUAACGUUGAUUUAUUAUGAUCUUACAAUUAUGAUAUAGGAAAGACAAUUACGAUUCGAUAACCGACAAUACUACCUGUCUUAUGAAGACCUACGCCUAACUGCAUCACCUGAGCCGUCAUAUGGAGAUCCACGUCUGACCAGAUUUACUGCAUAAUUGUUUAAUAAACCGCUCUCUCCGGGACUUGAAACCUGAAUUUCUUGUAAUCUGCAAUAAAUUGCAUAGUCUGGGAUUCGAACCCCAGACCUGAGUGUAGAAGCCUUUAAACCUUAACCAAUAGGCUACGGUGCUUCCACAACGUAUCUUACGCGUUUGGAAGGUCAUCAAACGUGGUUUGAUUGCUCCACUUAUCGCGUUGCCCCCACGACUACUUUAUUUAAAACCGCAGAAAAAAAAUAUUCCAAUUAUCGCCUUGUAAUUAUAAUAAUUCUAACGUGUACCAGCUAUUUUUUAAUAAGACUGUAGAGAAAAGAGAUAAUCUUUUCUCUCCUCGUCCACCGUUUUCUUCCUCUCGCCACAACCUUUAUUGUCGCCGGUCCGGUGGCCAACAGAGGUCUCUACCCGUCGGUCGCCACCCCAGAUCUCCCUUGUGUCCAGCCUUUUCCCUUCUCUAGCUUCGAUUUCACUGAUUCCUCCUUUCUUCAUCUACUAUGUUCUUUGUCGAUCUAUUUGCAGCCGUAUCCGAUGAUCUAUUCCGGAGUCUGCGGGUGUCCAUAAUCUCCCUAGAGUGAUGGCGCGGACGUGGUUACUCAGAUCUGAGAAGGAGGUGUCGGCUUGGUGGUAGAUCUAGUGUUUGACAUUGAGUGGAUCUGGAUCAGAUCUCUCUCGGAGGGUUUGCUAGAGUGGUGAAGCAUCGUUUCCUUCGCCAUUCUGGUCAGUUCGUUGCCUCCACCAUCAACCAUGUCUCCUCAUCCUGCCGCUUUGGUAAGAAGUUCCCUCACUUGUUCCAAGUUGAAAACGCGAUAUCUAGGCUUAUCGUCGGGACUUUUUCCCGGCUAUGAUUUCUCAACAACGACCAUUGUGAUUAGUUAGGCUUAGAAUUGUCCGGGGUAUCGGGUUUGAUCGGAGUUCGUGCAAUUCUUCUGAUAUUUCCCUUCUUCAAUCGGCCGGUCUUUUCACCACCCUCUUUCCAGCUGAUAGGAACUUUAUUUUCCUCCAUUUUCAAGCUUCAGAAGGAAGAUGCAUGCUGUCCCCUGCCUCUCUUGAUGCUCUGUCACAUAAUCCUUUGUGCUCUUCUUGUGUGAUGGGACCAGAGUUGAGCCAUUAAAACCUCUGCUUCCAUCAGCCAGUACUCCACCUAUCAUUCGUCUGCUCGUUUCUUGUUGACGGGUUAGGAUUCUCAGAGUGCGAUUUGGCUUCUUCUUUAUAUUGCACGUCUGGAGUGGACUUCACCGGUAGUGAUGGCUGGACCAGGACUUGCCGACCCUGCUUCACCUGUCUUCCUCUCAGAUUCGCCUUAGGGACAAGUUCACGGUCCCUCUAACUGUUCUCCGGUUGAAUUCUCAAAUGGCUCGUCUGAUUUUGAUGCAGGUCCCGUCUUCAAUAUAUACGCAUUGGUUUCCUGCAAUCUAAGUGUUGUCUAUGAAAUUGUAAUGUUAGCUAAGCUUCAAUCACUUCCUUAUGGUUGUGCUUGAACCUUCAUUUUCUUAUUGAGCUUUUUAGCUUUUUUGGUGGCCCUACAAGGCACCAUUGCUUUGUCUAUUGACCUAGCGACCUAGAAACAUUAGGAUUAGAUUCGUCAAAGGAAAAUGUAUCUUCCUGCUUCAUCAUUCAUUAAUGAAAUUCACAUACUUACCAAAUGAAAGCUUUCAUUAUGAGGGCUCAAGAAUUUAAUAGUAUGGGUUCGCCCGAUUAUGUAAUUUUGAAUUGAGAAAAUUUCAUAAUAUUCCAACUAAAUUUCGUUAAGCUUUUUAAUAUGCAAACCUUUUUGCUAUCCAGUUUAAUACAUUAAAUAAUUAUUUUCCUCAUUUUAAUACAAAAACUUUUAAAGUUAUGUCCAUUUGAAUACCCGAACUUUGUUUAUAUUAAUCAAAAAUAUUAAUAAGUUUCAAACGAAAUUUAAAAAAUCUCCAAAAUCUAUGUAAAAUCUUUUAAAUUUCUAAAUUUAUUUAAGUUAACGGAAAUAAAGUACCAAAAUUAUGGAAAAUUAAAUUUAGAAAAACUUAAUUUUGAAGGGAAAAAAUAAUUAGUUUUCUAUUUCCCAAAAAAAAACUAAAUUGACAUUAAAACUUAAAACUUAUAAUGCACAAUUUAAAAUUAUACACAAUUUAGUUACUUCUAUUUCUAAGACUUCAAAUAAAAUUAGAAUUUUUAAGAUUGUUUUGUGAAUUUUAGAGAAUUUUUAAAUUUAUGACUGUUUUGAUUAAAAUUAAUUUAGUUAGGUAUUAAAAUGAACACCGUUUUAAAAGUUGAAGUACUAAAAUGGAAAAAAAAUAAUUAAUUGAGGUAUUAAAGUGAGUAGCUAAAAAAUCUAUGUAUUAAAAUGCUUAAAAAAAUAUUGUUGAAAAUAUUUUAAUGGAUUUUUCCUUUUUGAAUUUUGAUUUUGUUGUUAUAAUGGUGUACAUUUAGAAACGAAAACAAUGUUGAUACAUAUCAUAGAAAUCUUGUUUAUGUAAUAAAACUACCAAUCCAACAAAACUAAACUUUGGAAUUAUAUCCCCUUAUUAUUAAUCAAGAAGAAAUUCGAGAAUAACUUUCAUUGAGUAAACUAAUUACAGUGUAGCCAUUUUGAUGAUGUGUCGGAUUCUCAUGCAUCUUUAGCCUUCUAUUAUAACUAACCUUAAAAGACUAUAUUAAUUACGGUGAGUGCCAUUGGUAAUGGAAUAUUUCAUUAUAUUUCAUCCUACUAUAUAAAAGGGACUAUUUUGGGGGCUUCCAAGGUGUGCCAUAUGGGCAAAAAAAUUUCUGGCCAACCAAUCUGCCAUGUCAUCACAGACUGGGCUUCAGCCCAAAAAAUUGGAAAAAAAGUCACGUGUUGGCCCAGCCUCUUACGUAUUCAUAUAUCCUACGUAUUUAUAUAAAAAAUUAUGAUUUUAUAUUAUCAUAUUGUUUGUUCUUUUUUUCUAUUGCUUCAAUUCACACAAGAAUUUCAAAUUUUAAACGCAUCCCGUUAAUUCACGUUAGACAGUUAUAAAAAAAAAGGCAAGAAGCACUUCUUCUGCAUCAUGAAGGCAAUUAGCACCGGCUGCAAUUACGGAUUGUUUCCAAAAUUUGGUUUUCUCUCAUUAAUACAUAUAUCAACAGAAUAUAUGAAAUAAAUUCAUUAGAUUGCAUAUUUGAUACACACCGCUUACCAACCUCAUCUCCGCUUAAGAUUAACAUCAUCUUCCACUAAAAACGUUGAAACGAGAAGAAAGAAGGAGACGAGUAAUAGUCGUAACUCACUUAAUCUGUGCAUUUCCACAUUUCAAGACCUCUCUCUUACAGUGUCUCACGUUUUAAAUCUUUCUUUCGUUUCAGGGCUGGCUUCCUCAACACAAUGGUCAAAUCAAACAACAAUGAUCCUCCACCUGUUGGAGGUAAAUCGAACUUACCACUUUUUAAUUUUUUUAAUAAUCCAACGUUUUUUUUAUAUAGAGAUAGCGAGUUUUUAAAAAUCAUUUUUUAUACAGAUAGCAAGUUUAUUGUUACAGUUAUGGUUCUUAGUAGCAAGAAUAUCCUAGUUUCAAGGGUAGUAGAACAUCAGACCUUAAAACUAAAGAGCUAAAUUAUAAAAAAAAAUAAAAAAUAUGAUAUUCAUAAACCUUUACAUCUGUUUUAAAAAAAAAAAAAUUGAUUACGUAAC